UUAAACUGGCAACUUGUUUACUAAUAAGUUAUUUUGUAUGAAUUUAACUACAUGCAAACACACAGACAUAUAUAUUGUAUACAUUUGUGGCAAUAUUGAGGCAGACCGCCGCAGACCUAGUGACGCAAUUUUCAACAUCUCAACAAGAGGCUGGCCUGACACCAGCUAAGCCACCUUUCAACGGCAUUUCGUUCAUUCAUCAAAUGGCGAACUUACUCUCAUUUACUAUGUUAGUGGAUAGCGGCUGUGUAACGGUGUGUAGAAAUGAGUGUGGCAUGAAGUUUAGCAAGUGCAACGCGAAUGGGCGAAAGAGAUUGUUUAUGUUUAGGUUGGCUGUAGGGAAACAAUAUCAUGUUAUGAUAUCUUAAUUUAUGGUACUAGUGAGAAAUUUUCGAGUUUAUAAAAAUAACUGACACCGAGCAGCCGGUGCUCAGUCGACAUGCGCGUGUGCAGUGUAACGGUUCGUAGUUGAAAUAUUUAACUGGUGACUUUAGCGGCGCGAAUUGUUUAAAAAGUACAAACAUACACAACUACAAACUCACACACAAUCAACGCGCAUGCGCACAUUCGCAAGUGCAAGUCAAGUGUGGCAAGUGGCAAAUAAAGCUUACUAACAUUGUAAGUAGUGAGAUUCAAAUUCAAUUUAAGUAUUUGCGGAAAAAAUUACAUUAAAUUCAGUGAACUAAAGCGUUGCAAUAACAAAAAGUGUAAUAAUAGCGUCAUAGGCAAACAUAAAGAAAGUCAAAUAGAGGUUGCAGUGUGUGGAAACCUUUCGCCUCACAGCAAAAAAAAAAAAAAAACAACGCGAUAACAACAACAGUUAACGCAUUUAAGUAAACGAUAAAAGCGGAAAUUAUUAAAUAAAUGAUGAUUACACACACACGCACAAUGCCAAUGCUGCAAAUGCUGCUGCUAACGUGCCUAGUGGAGCGCUACACCGCCACCAGUUGGCGGUCGGUGAAACCGAUGUAUCUGCUGUCCAUGUACGAGCCUUCCGAUGAUUAUUCUAGUGAGCCGAUGGUUUUAAGCUUAGAAGCGGAUACCGCGGAGGACGAUCCGUCGUUGCAGCGCACGCCAGCGAUGGAUCGUAUUUUUGGCGGUAGUGUUGCAGAACGCCACAGUUUUCCAUAUCAAGUCGGAUUGCUGUUGCAGCGACCCAAGGGCCUCUACUGGUGUGGUGGUGCACUGAUUUCGGAUGAAUAUGUUUUGACUGCGGCACAUUGUGUGGAUAUGGCCAAGCGUGCUCUGGUCUUUCUUGGUGCACAUGAGAUUAAAAACGCCAAUGAAAUGGGCCAAGUGCGUAUUAUGGUGAAGCGUAAUAGUUUCAUCAUAUAUCCAUCCUGGAAUCCAAGACGUCUCAAAGAUGACAUCGCUUUGGUGCGUCUGCCAGUGCCUAUCGAGUUUAACGAUCGCAUACAGCCGAUUCCGUUGCCGCGUCGCAGUUAUGAGUACCAAGAUUUCCAAGAUAAGUUAGCCAUUGCGUCCGGCUGGGGACGCUAUGCAAUGGGCGCGCAUGCCAUUAGCAAUGUGUUGCGCUAUGUGAAGCUACGCAUAAUUGAUGGCUGGACUUGUAAACGUAGUUUCCCGCUCUCAUAUCACAGUACGAACAUCUGUACGAGCGGCAAGUUUGCGCGCUCCACUUGCAACGGUGAUUCUGGUGGUCCACUGGUUGUGCGACGCAGACAUACGAAAAAACGUGUACUCGUCGGCCUCACAUCGUUCGGUAGUAUACAUGGCUGCGAUCUCGGCUAUCCGGCGGCAUUUACGAAAGUCGCAUCAUAUCUAGACUGGAUUAAUGAUGAGACCGGCAUUGAAUUGUGGCAAGAAUCAUCGAACGCGAUAGUUUUCAAGAAAAUCUUAAAAGAUUAUGAGCGUAAGCAUAACAAAUACAAUUAUCUAAAUGAGGACUUAACAAUGGAAGAUGAGGAAGAUUGGAAUGAUAGCACAGAGAAGAUACCGGAAUUUUCACCAGUACGCAUAAAACGACCGUCCAGAGUUGGACGUACAUCAUAUACCUUAAGACCACCUCGACAAAGAACACGUUAUGCGUCGCCAAGAACUUAUCGAAAAUAUAUAUUUUUGUGAGAUUGACAUUCGCUGAGAAUAAAGUGGUUUUCGAUAUAAUAUUUGAAAUGUUGUAAUUAUUGGUUAAAACUUGGCUAGUCUUCUUUUUCUCUGGCAAUGUCUCGUCUUUCGUUUAAUUGUUUCAAUA